ACUAAGACGAAGUUGUAUUGUUUCAAAAUGGACGACACUCUAAUAAAAGAGCAACCAGCACCAGUCAAUUCGGUCGAUUCUGAUAAUCAAUUACCGGAGGCUCAAAACGAUGAUCUGAAUAAAAUUAAUACAAAUGAGAUCAAUGAAACAGACGGUGAAAAAGAUAUAUCUGAUGGAAAAGUUUCCAGUGGAAACAAAAUUACCACCGCGGAACGGGAAUUUGCAGUUCCGAUUCCACUUUCGUUUUCUUUAUCAAGUCCUAAAGUUAAGAAAGACAAUAAUAUUUUAUUAAAAUCAAAGUCUGAGAGACUCGGUGAAGUUCCAGAAAAAUGCCAAAUUAAAUUUACAGAAAAUCAUAGCUCACAAAAUCCUUCAAAUUACCAGGAACCUGAAUGGAGUGGAUUAUCAGAGAGCAAAUACAGUUUUGACGUCUUAAAAAAUGGUAGCAUAAUAGACACUAUUUCAUUAAAUGAUAAACCUUUUUACAUAUUUGGCAGGCUGCCAAGUUGUGAUGUUACUUUGGAGCACCCAUCUCUUUCAAGGUACCAUGCUGUAGUUCAAUACAGAACAGUCGCAACAUCAAACUGUGAUAAAGGAUGGUACAUUUAUGAUCUAGACAGCACACAUGGAACGUGGGUUAAUAAAAAUAAAAUUUCCCCAAAAGAGUAUCACCGACUCAAAGUUGGCUAUGUUGUUAAGUUUGGUGGCAGUUCAAGAUUGCAUAUUCUCCAGGUUUGUUCAUUUAACAGUGUGGUAACACCUUACAAGGCACUUGUGAGUCUUGUGUUAAAUUAAAAAAAUAAAAGCUUAGAAUAGGGUAUAUUUUCAAAAUGUAUAGCAUUGGCCUUUUGGCCCUCUUUUUAUGCGUAGACAAUUAUAUUUGUUUUUUAAGAAAUAAUGAAUACAUUCUCCACAGGGACCUUCGGAAGAUGAAGAAGAAGAAAGUGAAAUGACUAUUACAGAAAUAAAGGCACAAAAAAUGAAAUUCCAAAAAGAAGCAGAAAUUCUUCAACAACUUGAAAUGCAGGAAGAAAUGCAGAGGCUAGAAGAAGAAAAAAAAAUGUUAGAAGACAAAGGCUGUGGCUGGGGAAUGGGUAUGUGGCAUCAAAUAUUAUAUAAAUUGUUUUUUAAGCUAAUGGUUUAGAGGCUCUUGAAAUUAAGAAUAGCAUUUAUAAUUAAUUGUAACUUCAAAAUAACUGCCCAGAAAAUUUUACACGUCAAAUGAUUCAUUAUGCUACUACCGUUAAAAAAAAAGGCUGAAGAAGUAAACCAAUUUGAGGGCAGAAUAUCUAUCCUUUCAUUUAAAUAUCCCAGUAAUAUUCCUCCACUGUUCAAGACCGCUAAGAUGCGUUAGACUCCAUAUAAGAAAAUAUAUUUUCUACUCGUGGAAGCUAAUUGCAUGUUCUAAAUCCCACAGAGACUAGACACAUUCAGGUACAUUGGAGCAGAAGUUUAAAAAUUGGCUCCGACUCCAAGCUCCGGCUCCAUUAAAAUUUCUGGCUCCACCUCCAACUCCAAAGUGGCUCCGAAUAAUAAAACAAAUAAAAACAAAUGCACAUAUAAAAUAGUAAAACAUUUUUUAUUAUAUUUAAAGGCAAAUAAAUGAAGUAUAAUAAUGCUGGUAAAACUUUAUUAAUCAGCAAAAUCUUGAUUCAUCCUCAGAAAUAAAAUAUUUUCCAAAAAAUCUAGUUUAAGCGAAGAAUGCUAAUCGCUCGCUAUAAACUUAAGUGCAGAAAAUAGCCUCUCUACGCUUGCUUGCGAAACUGGCAAACAAGUCACUAUAAACUAGAAAGAUCAUCACGCAUUUAAAUUAUCAAAAGAGAAAUUAAUUUAAAGAGCACAUAAUAACAUAGUGAAAAAACUAGCUCCAAGCAGCUCCGGCUCCUGUCCGGAGCCAGCUCCAAUGCCCUGGACACAUUGCUAAACUUUUCUAAGCACUUUGAAAGUGAAGGCAUAAAAAAGAAGAAAAAUUAUUUUAAGUAAAUUGAUGAAAAAUUGCAAUUGCUAGGCUUAAGAAAUAUAUACAUGUUUAAACCUUUAUUAUUUAUUUUUUUCUUGUGUGUAGUAUUUGAAUAUUGAUUUUACAUAUCCAUACUUGUUUUCAGAUUACCAACAAAUCAUGUCAUUUUGCGUUAGUCAUAAAUUUAAUCUCAGAUCUACCUAUCAAUCAAGCAAGUCUGUGCAGUCAGUGCCAUUUGAGCUGGCCUGAGACAUUUUCUCAAUGCUUAAAACACAAAAAUGAGGACUAUAUCCUGUAUAUUUAUUUGUGCAAAUUUUGUAUAUGUUAAUGUUAUUUUUCACACAUUUGUAUUGUCAAUAAUAGCAAUCCCCCAUUGCCCAAACUACCUUUUGGAGCUUGAAACUAUGUUUCUGAGAGGUCUGCAUCUAUUUUAUGAGUUCAAUAGAAAUGUAUAAAAUCAAUGCGGGAAGCUAGGGUAAGACUAUGGGAGUAAACCCAAACUGUCCAGGAGCUGAUCUAGCGCUGAUAUCAAUGACAUUUUGGCAAAUCCUGAGACGCAGUUGAUGCCACGUUGUAUUGACAGUUGUCAUUCCCUUGGAUCCACUGGCCGCGUGGAUAGUGUAAACUGCUGCAUUUGGCGACAGUUGGUCUCUAUAAAAUACCACCCUGGCUAAGCCACUGCCUAGCCAAGAGAAGCAGAGCCUUUUUAUAACAAAAAUAGCAUUACGGAAUGCUACAUUUAACCAGGAGUCAACUUUCUCCUGUGGGAAUAAAUAUUCUCAUAGUGCUUAAAUUUUGAAAAAUCAUUUUAAAUAAUUUACCAUUUGAACAUAUUCAGGGGAUGAUGCGGAGGAACAAGAAGAAGGGGAAACUGCUUUUGGCUCCUUAAUUGCUGAGAAUGAGAGCUUGUAUAUAGAUGAUCCCAAGAAGGCUUUAAAAGGUUUCUAUGAAAGAGAAGGUAUUUCAUAAUCUUAAUUUAGUAAUGUGAUAAUCUGUUUUUAAUCAUAUUUUUCUAGGGACAAAAAUUGUCUUAAAGUCUUGUUGAUCUAAGUGAAAAUGCAGUUGUUGAUUCAAUAUUUAUUAGCCAGGUUUACUAUAUAUUAUUAUGCCUCCAUAUUUAUAUGGGUAAUUAUGGAUUUUUUUGUGAAGGGGUUAAUGCAGGAGGAUAACCUUUCUUACGCUAGAAAAGACCAUCAUGUCUUUCAAUCUAAUAUUUGAGAACAUACUUAAAAAAAAGAUAACAUGGUCUAAUACUAACGUACUAAAGGAAAACUCUGAACAACCAAUCUACAUAUAUAUACACUAGAGAAUAUGAAAUAAUUGGCAUUAGAUUGCUUCCAUUGAAUGAGCAAGCACAAGUUGCAAGUUGCAUAGUGUGAACAAUAUACACAGUAAUGAAUACAUGAUAAGGUUUGUGAAAAAUACUUGCGUAAGAAAAUCUUCCAUAAGAAGUAACACAAUUCACAUGUAUAUAUACCUGGUAAUAUCUUAGUUUUGAGUUUAGAGGACUCAAAUUUUGUACUUACUUAAAUUAUACAACACUAUAGCUGUGGUCAUUGAGAUGAAUACACUAAUCACCACAAAGCCCUGCUAAAGGGGCAUCUAAUAUCUCUGACCAUGAGUUUAAGGUAUGCAUAAGCCUCUACAGUGGUCUGACUGAUCUAGAACUAGAAUAGUUGAAGAUAUUUGUGAGCCAUGGGGGGACUUAAGAUGCAUCAUGUGAUAACUUUAUUGUCUAACUAUGGCUUUUAUUGAGAUAAUAUCCCUUUGCAUGAGGAGAUAUGGUUGAGCUGAAAGGUGGGUCGAAAACUGGUAUACACUGGCUACAACACUGUGAGCUCAAUGUUUGCCCUAUCAUGAGCCAAGCAUGAAUAGCACAUAAUAUUCUCCUUUAGCCAGGAGAAGAUUUGCAACUAAGGUUUUACAUAAAUCAUGAUCUGGACAGUGUUUCAUUCUUUACCUUUUUUUAAUCAUAAAGUAACUGGUUUUUUUAAAAAAAUGUUUUUUAUUUUAGGCUGUGAUUUACCAGAUUAUCAGUUUACAGAUAUUGCACUGGGAAAGCAUAAAUGCAGACUAGAGUAAGUAGAAAUAUAAUUUGUUCCCUGUUACAAUUGUCAUUUUAUAUUUACUUUUUAUAAUUCUUGCAUUGAAUUCAUUUUGGAAAGGAAAGUGCAAAAAACGUCUUUGUUUAUCCUUAAGAAAGUUAAUAAGUCUUGAAAUGUUUUAAAAUUAUAUUUAACCAUAACAGAACCAACAGCCAAAGUAAUGAAGUUUCCGAUAAGGUUGCUUAAAAAUAAUUGUCAUGACUUUAUCAAAUGCAACUUUGAUCUUGUAACUUGAAUAUUUGAACAACUUUUCUUAGACUUCCAGUUGAUGGUCCUAAUGGAGAGGAACUUGUAGCUGAAGCCUUAGUGUCUGGCAAAAGGAAAGAUGCAGUCAUUGCUUGUGCUUUAGAAGCGUGUAGAAUAUUGGAUAGAUUGGGUUUAUUGCGUUCCUCAACACAUGGUAAGUUGUACUUGUUGAUUAACAUAUACAGCCAGUGCUCGACUUAUGACCUAUGCAACUUACGACCAUUUGACUUUAUGACCACAAUCACUAGCCAUAUUAGAUUUCAGAUUUAUUUCCGCCUCAAUUAUCAUUUGAACGGUGUCUGCAAUCAUCGGCGGUCGUUAACUAAGGAAAAGGAGGCAUGAUGCUUAUGAUGAUGCUAUGCUGCUAGCUAGCGUCAUCAAUUUCUAAGAAAUAACAUGGUCACACUCAAUAAUCCUAAGUCCAUUGACUUCCCCAAGCGCGGCUUAAGUUUGUUGAUUGGAAAGCUCUUCAGAGUUUGAAAAUUAUAACUCCCAUCUCCCAUCGAAAAUUAUGAUUGAUAACAAUAAUAAAAGAAAUUUAUGAUAUAAUUUAACUUAAAUAUUUUUAUAACAUCACUUUACAUUUACUGAACACAUAGCGUACUCACCUUACGACCAAAUCGUGUUACGACCAGUCUAUUGGAACCGAUCGUGGUCGUAAGUCGAGCACUGGCUGUAACUCUUUUUUAAUAAACUUUGAAGAUUUCUUUUUCCUAAUAAGGGUUUGCAAGAAAUGUGCCCAGGUUUAAAAAAAAAUUAAAUUAGCAUGUUUAAUUUUAGUAUCUAAUAAUGACCAUGAGCAUGUUUAGUUGUGCUAUAUUUGAAUAAUUCUUGAGUACCAAUUUCAUGCUCUUUGCUUUUUAAAAUGACAAAAUAUUUUAAAUCUCACGUUUCAGAAAGUAGAAAACGAAAACAAAAGAAAUGGGAAGAUGAUGAUUAUUAUGACAGUGAUGAAGAUACAUUUCUAGACAGAACAGGAACCAUAGAAAAGAAGCGAGUUAUGCGAAUGAAAAAAGCCGGGAAAGAUGAACCUGAGACAUAUGAUUCAUUAGUAAGUUAUUUUUACUCUUGCAGACUAAAAAAAUAUAAUAAUGAGCUGGCAGAUUUAGUAUGACACACAUUUUGAUGGCUUGAUAUCAAAUCCAAAAUUCAUCUAAAGCAGCCGAAUGUCCAAGGCUCAAUACCUUGAGGAUGGUAACCAUACUAUCUUAAACACCAAACAUGGUGUGAAUCAGGUGCUUUAUGGUGCGAAUAAGAUGCUUUGAUAAAUCUUGUUUAUUAAUUUUUAAAAAUGUAUCUUCCUUAAAGCAGAAGGUCAUAAAAUGUAUCUGAGCUUUAGUGUAAACCUCCAAAUGAAUUUGUCUUUAUUCUUAUUUAUACCUUUUUAAGGACCUUUUGGAUAAACAUUUUACUAUAAAGCUCUCAAAAGAGUCUAUUUGUUCAUUUUCUCUUCCACACGCACAAUUGUAAAAUCUAAAUGGCAGUUUCUUUUAAACUAAGCACUAUUUAUUGAAUCUUAUUUCAGUUGGAAAAAUAUAAUAAGAUAAUUGAGCAAAUUCAGAAUAUUGAGAGCAAGCUGCAGAAAGCAAAAGCAGGUAAUGAAUAUUUUUUGUCUCUUAAUUAUAAUUGUGUUACCUGUAGAUAAAUGUGUAAGAGCUUUGAUGUUCAACAUGUUUUUCAAUUGAACAAAUAAUUGAACAUACUGGGUAUUUGAGUUUUAAAAAGUAAAAAAGUUAACAGCAAUAUGAAAUGGGAUUAACAGUUAAUAUUUCAAUUGGAGUUAAACUUACAGUUUCAUAUUUAAACAUGGGUAAACUUAGAGGGUCAUAUGUUAUCUAAGUAAAAAAUAAAACUCUGUUCAAAGCAAGAAUUACUUACUUAAAAUCUAUAUCAAGGCCUUAUAAGCAAUGGUGUAAAGCAUUAAAAACAUCCUAUAAAAAUCUAAUAGUUAUUCCCCCUUUAUAUAAUGCUCCCAUUGUUUUGUUCCAACAAAGCCAUUUAUUUGGAGGAGAAGUAAGAACCAACACAAUUAUUUCAAACUUUUUGCUUUAAAAUUGUAAGAAAUUAAAAAUAGAAAUAACAGUAAAGUUACUGUGGAUACUUAUUCUAAAGCGAGUUUGUUCGUAAGCAACAGACAACAAACAGAGAGACACACAGAGACAGACACACACAAAGACACAGGCAAACAUACAUGGAGACACAGGCACACACAUAUGAUGAGAUUAAUAGGACAGAUGUCUGUAUGUGGUAAUCCACUUUUAUUAUCUACUUAUUGGGUUGGGCGACUAGUGGUGCCAUCUACUUUGGGUCUUUGCUUUAUUCAAAUUUAUAGCUUCUGUUAACAUAUUUUGACCAUGGCAAUCUACAAUAACAAUUUCAUAAUAAUGCAAAUCUUAUAUGGCCAGCUCAUAAGCCAACCACACCCACUUGUUCCCCUGGAAUACUUGUUUAAAGUCUGCCUUAGAAUGAGUAUAUACUAAAAGUUGCUUUCAUUAUUUUGUGUCAUCAGAUGCAGAAGCUCUAGCCUCAGAAGAAAUGGAUGAGCUGGAUGCUUACAUGGUGUCUAUUAAAGCAGGAGCCAUGGACACAAAAACUCGAAUGCAACUAAAAGGGGAUUUAUUGAAACUCAAAAUGGAGGAACAAAAGCUGCGAAAACUGGUCAAUAUUGCAAAACCUGCCACUUUGCCACCAUUAAAACCUCAGUAAGUGAUGGUGUGUGUUUGUGAGUUGAUUCAGUGAGAACAAAGGUUAUUAGCUUAAAAGAUUUCCUGCUAAUUAAAAUUUAUUGUUGAUAUAAACUUCAUGAUCUUAAUUUGAUAUUGUUUAUCGUGACAAGCUGUUAUAAUAAGAUUUAUCUAAACCACAGUGUUGCUCCUGUCCAUACUCCUACUGCAGAUGUCUUAUCCAGAAAACUGCAUGCACAACAGAAACAGUUAAAAAAAGCAAAUCCUAUCAGAAAAGUAAGUAAAAAAACACUUGGGAUUUAUGCUAUUUCAAAUAAUCUUUAUUUUGCAAUUGUGAAGUACAGUAGAGUGUCCAUUUUCUGACUGGGACUGUUUUUUGGUUUAUGAUAACACAUUUUUCAGAUGACCUAACAAAAUAUUCUUACCUUAUGGUUAUACACAUGCAGUGCUUUUUUGCAGCGUUUCUUAAAAAAUUUUCGCUUAGGGCCUACUUUAACAUUUUAUUAAGGUGGUCCACGGGGGAAAGUAUCAAUAACCAUAAUUUUUAUCAAAAAUGAGAUUAUUGUGAAUUCUACUAGAUAAAUAUAUUGAAUAAUUUGGCAUUUACCAUUUACAUUAAAAGUUAAUUUAAAGUUGUUAAAAAUGUAUUUUAAAGUAGUAUGGCAAGAGAAAAUUUUGAUUUGGGGGAAAAAUUCAUGCAAAAUAGACUCUUAGGAGCCCUAUGCUUUUAUAAUAGAAUUACAACGCUAAAUAGACAAAUUUGGUAAAGUUCGAAAGCUUAGCCUAUCUAUUUUUUAAUUGUAUCCCCCGCUUAAAUUCCAGGAAUAAGCCUGGAAGUAAUUCUUUGUUUUGCUAACCUAUACGUUUUCGUUGAAACGCUUAUUAUUGGUUCAGAUUUAAAUUUUCGUUUAUCUGCAAUUAUCAUUGGUUGGUUACUUUUAGAUUUGACCUAGAUGGAACAAAUCUAUCACACAAUGCAACACCCAUCUCCCAACAUCAUUCUGAAUCUUUGCGCCGAGUUAGCAUAACGUGUUAUCGAUCAAUCAGCUUUACUUUUCUAGUCUUCAAAUAAAUUCAAAUUUGAUUAAUUUGAACUUAUUUUGUUGCUUUUAUUAGGUAAGUUGAAUUAAAUAUUGUAUGAUGCAAAUAAUAAUAAUUAUUUUUGCUAGUUUUAGACAUUAAGUGAAUGUUGCGAUGGGUUUAGUGUGAUAAUACAAAAGGCCAUCUACUUUUAUUUUACGAAACAGUUAUACAUGCACACAUUUAUUUAGGCUUAUGACAGUUAUACAAGCACACAUGUAUUUAGGCUUAUGAUUUAAAUUAAAAGCUACUUUAAUCCUAAUUACCGUAUUUAUAACACGCACCUCAAUUUAAGAAGGAAAUUUCAGGAAAAAAACUAAACAUUAUAUCGGUAUAUAACACACACAUCAUUUGCCCCCUAUUUUCAGGGUGAAAAAGUGCUUGUUAUACGCCAAUAUAUAUGGUAUAUAAUAAUAAUGAUAAAUAAUUAUAUUUUUUUUAUAUCACAAAACAUAACAAUACUGACUGUACUAUUUACCUUUGCCUAAUAUAUUGUAAUUUAAUUUUUCAAAAUCUAAUAAAAACUUUUUUUGGGGUUCAAAAUACAGAAAAUCAUGGCCCCAAGACUAAGAGAUAGAAGCAGUUAGAGAAAGCCAGACUAGCGCAAUUGGAAAAGAAGAAAAUGGGUCACACUUCACCGCCAGCCUUAAGAUCUGAAGAAUCGAUGGCAUCAUCCGCCUGGAAGACCAAGCUUCAUUCUUUCGGGUCUGGGUAUUAGCACACCUUAGGAAUCUCUGUCUCAUCUAUAAUGCAGACAGGUUGCCCUAAAGUCACUGUUUCAAAAAUGUCCAUGACAGAAUGCCUAGAAGGACAUUUCAUCAUUCAAAGUGGAUAAAGUGAGCAGCUUAUCCAGAAUAAGAUCAGGCAGAGUUUGUGGACAUUGGUGUGUCAUUUGAUGGGAGUUUGCAUACUCGUGGUCACAGCUGAAAAUCUGGCAUUGGUUAUGUUAUAGAAAACAGAGCUGGCCUUGUUGUUGACUUGGAAUGCGUCUCAAAGUUUUGGCAAAGGAGAUGCAGGAAGAGAGUGAGGGAAAAAACUGCCAGGAUGGAGGACCAAAAACCAUCAUGAGAUGUAAACCACACAUGGUCUAGAGGCAGCAUGGAGCAACAGGCUGUCAUUGCAAUGUGGGGCAGGUCAGUUCCGAAACAUGGUUUGCGUUAUCGUACUGCAGUGCCAAACAGUCAAAUUUCUGUACCGGUGGGUGUUAAAGAAUUCAAUAUCCGCUCAAAGACGUCCAAGGACUUUUUAUCCUCUGUUGAUUUAGGAAUAGGUUAUAUCAGUGGUACCCAAACUUUUUAUAGCCGCGGACCGGUCAACGUUUGAUUAUUUUACCGCGGCCCGCUGAGGGGUUGGGGGUGUUGAUUGUUUAUUUUUUGGAUUGUUUUGAUUUAUAAUUUUUAUUUAAUUGUAGUUAAACAUGCCUUCAAACUAAAAUACAGUUACACCAAAAAUGAAUAUAAACUGAUUUAUCAUUUUAACUCACUAUAAUGCUAAAUUAAUGAGAACCAUGAGCUUGUUUUUCUGCAACGAGAUGGUUCCAUCUUGGGGUAAUAGGAGACAAUGACACCUGAAGUGUGUUGCUUAUUCCCAGUUUAUUCCGUUGUUUUGUUUUGGUUGCUGUCACUCCAGAAAACCCCACUUCACACAGAUAGGAUGUCGGAAAUGGCAAUAGGUAUUUAAGUGCUGUGUUGGCAAUCUCAGGGUAUGCCGCCAUUGAUAUUUUAAUUCACUAUUAAGAUACCAUAUAAAGAAGAAUUUGGUGCCCGCUGUGACUGCCUUCUUUGCCCUAUUCUCAUGGCUCUUCCAGAGGGCAACAUGGCCCCCAGAGCGACGCAUAAUAUGGGGACCACUGGGCUGGCCAAAUUGUUGGCUGUAAAAACACGCGACUCAUUUUUAAAAAAAAUAUUUAUCCAGUGACGUCACUAUUACCCAUUAAAUCGUUUGAUGUCUUUGGUGUUUUUCUACGGAUGGGGGCUAAAAGCUACUUGUACGUAUGAGUUUGGGGGGUAGUGUCCUCCCCCCCCAAAAAAAAAUCAAGGACAACAACACCACCCCCACUCCAGCCGCCUGUAUGGUUCCGAUUGCUGUGAGCCUCUGUGUCCGUACGUCCGUACUUAUCCAGAAAAUCUGGCAUGCUUAUAAAAUGGAAAUAAUUUAAUAUUUCUUGGGCGGCCCGGUACCAUUUGAUCUACGGACCGGUACCGGUCCGCGGCCCGGUGUUUGGGGACCACUGGGUUAUAUGACCCAACAGUUAAGGGAAAAAAGGGAUAAGGUUAGAGUUAGGAAAGCUGAAUCAGCUUUAAAAUUAACUGUAAAGAGGAGGAAGGAACUUAUUAGAGGAACAGAAAGGAGGGAAUGAGAUAGUAGCAAGGGGUGCACAUAAGGGUAUUCAGCUAGGCGUUUAUUGUUAGCUGGGGUGGUCAACCACAGUAGUUAGGUCAGCCAGGCUUUUAUUGUUAGCUGGGGUGGUCAACCACAGUAGUGCAUUCAGCUAGGCUUUUAUUGUUAGCUGGGGUGGUCAACCACAGUAGUGCAUUGAGCUAGGCUUUUAUUGUUAGCUGGGGUGGUCAACCACAGUAGUUAGGUCAGCUAGGCUUUUAUUGUUAUCUGGGGUGGUCAACGACAGUAAUUAGGUCAGCUAGGCUUUUAUUGUUAGCUGGGGUGGUCAACCACAGUAGUUAGGUCAGCUAGGCUUUUAUUGUUAGCUGGGGUGGUCAACCACAGUAGUUAGGUCAGCUAGGCUUUUAUUGUUAGCUGGGGUGGUCAAAUGAUUUAUUUAUUGAAUUAUUUUGGAGGAUGGGUUUGAAAUGUUUGCUUUUAUAAUUUUAUAUAAUUUAUAUCUAUUUAUUUUUGGUUGUUUUCAAUUUAUGAAUUGUUUAUGUAUGUUAAAUAGUGCUAUAAUGUGGAGAAUUUAAUCUCUCAUUUUACUCUUUGGCUCGUGUCAAACGGUUCAUAUCAAAGGACGAAACCAUUAAUUAUAUACAGUAAUAAAGAAUGAUACCCAAACUAGGGCCAAUUACAAAUAAUAAUUUAUUAAGGUAAUUUAAAAAUUACAAAAUCAAAUAAAAUAAAACUAAGACUAUUGACUUACAGUACAUCAAUGAACUUGUACAGGUUCAAUGUUGGAAGAUGCACACACAUACACAGUAAAUAUAACAUAUAAUAUCUAUGAUCAGUACAGUAUCGUAAUCGCAAAAUUGUCUCUCUGUCUUCCAGUCCCUCUAACUAGCUCUAUGUCGGUCGGCUUAUUUAUAGUCUUUCUUAGAGACUUUUCCAGAAAGGGGUUCGACAUUGUUUCUGUACCUCGACCUGUCUCGUAAGUUAUAAAGAAUUUUAAUUCUAAAGACUAUAGAUUGUGUUCACGUGUAGUCAAGGUCAAGGGAGACAAUUUGUAAUUAAGCCAACCCCGUCGCAUUGCCUAAUUUGGGGUCAGCCAAAGUUCACACUCGAGGAUCACAGCGUAAACAAGACGUCUACAUAACAAUGUGCAUAUUUCAUUUAUCAGCUAUAUUAGAAAAUGUCUGACUUGUUGAUAUGAUAUUUUUCAUAUUUUAAAAAAUUAAUCUCAACUAACUAUUUUCAAAUAUUCUGUUGUUGCCAGCUGUAUCAGAUGGAAAAUUUGUAUAUCUUCAUGCUUAUAACGUUGCAUGUUUCUUUUCAAUGAUAUUCUCUACAUACUGAUGUUUUUUUUAAACCCUCGAACUGUGGUCGGUCGACGAAAUCGGCAGAUAUUCUCGUUCUGUGCUGUGGCGGCCGAAAAAAAUUGGCCGAUAAAAAACACGGUCCGAUAGCAACUUCCAAUCCAAUAUUUAACUGGAAUUAUAGCCAUUGCCUUUUAUUAAUAAUUAAAUCAUCUUCCGCGUCAAGCUGUUGGUUGAUAAUUUAACAAUAAAUACUUUUUAAUCAGAGUUUUUUUUUAAAGCUAAAAUGGUUGAAGCCAUGGCUGGGCCCUCAGUGCAAAAACUAAAAUAAAUAUUUUUGAAAGUUUUUUACGAGAGGAUUUAAGUGAUACAGAUGAUGAUUUUAACAUUCCCAAAGACAUCUCACUUCAGAUUCUUCUUUUCGUGAAUCUGAUACUAGUCUUAGUGAUACUAAAGUAGGCCUACUGAGGCUACUGUUUGACUUGGAGCCAGGCCCGGAGGUUGGGCAAGGACUGACUGAAUUUUAGUUACAGAAGCUACAUAUUAUAGAUCAGAAAUAAUAAAUUUCAUAGUUUAACAACCCAAAUCAGUUCCACAGUUCCUUUUUAAAUGUUUACUAGUCAAUAAUAACUAUUUUGCCUGAGAUUUUGUAUUUUGUACUUGAUUUUAGCAGUGGUUCCAGUUUCUUAUAUAACUGACAUCAUAAAAUUACUAAAAUUGCUUUCAGAGGUUUAAUUGUAAUCAAAACCUUUGCAAACUAUACAUUUUCUGAAAGAUAAAUGAAUCGGCUACAACAUUUAUAUUGUGUUUUAAGUGUAUUUAUAAAAAUUAAUGAUGUUAUGAGCACUUGAAAGCAAGACAUUUUGUCGAUUUUUAUUUUCUUGAGCACUCCAAGGUCAAGGACACUGAGCAAAAUUUUUUUUACGGGGUGGUCAAUAUAGCCAACUUUAUUCCCAUCUAUUUACCUUUCUAAAAAUAUAUAAUAAUUGGGGUCUUGCAUCAAUAUUUCUAUGUCAUUUUAUGCAAUUUCAAAAGUCACUCAAAAAGCUCUGAAAAGCUCUGCACAGUUAGAGGGUUAAAAAGUUACUCAAGAGAUUUUUUUAGAAAUUUAUUGUCUACAAUUUUCAGAUCUUCAAAUAAUUGGGAAGCAGUGAGCUUGUGUGAUUGUUUUAACAAUUGUAUUCUUAAUGAAUGUGCAAAGUUUCAUUUUGAUUUUGAAAAUUCAAUUAGUGUCAAUAAAUUUUGUGUAACUGUCAAGAUUGGUCCAGGGUAUACAUUAAUAUCUUUUUUUUUUUUUUUUUGCAAUAAAAGUUGAACAGUUUUAAACAAAAUAAAUAACUAUGUUUUUUUUUUCUCUUUUUUUUGCUGCAAAAUAUAUACAUAAUUUCCCUUUUUCAAAAUUUUGAGGCCCCAGAUAAAUAUGCUGGGCCCCUCUGCUUUAAUUUUCAUUGUGUUUACAAUAUAUCUUUUUUUUUUUUUUUUUGCAAUAAAAGUUGAACAGUUUUAAACAAAAUAAAUAACUAUGUUUUUUUUUUCUCUUUCUAUUGCUGCAAAAUAUAUACAUAAAUUCCCUUUAUCAAAAUUUUGAGGCCCCAGAUAAAUAUGCUGGGCCCCUCUGCUUUAAUGUACAUUGUGUUAACAAUACUGCAUGUCUACGUGUCAGUUGAUUGAUGUCAAAAACUAUUGAGAACUUGCAUUUUCUGUGGAAAGAAUUUUUUUCCAAAAACAGAUUACUGGUGUUUAGAAUAAAAUCAGGUUUGACUCUUUGUGGGCGGGCAUUCUUGAGAUAAUUAUUCUCUAAAUGAACAAGUUUGCAGGCCCCAGUCAGGUCACUGGAUGCACAGGUCAGGUCAAUGGAUGCACAUUAUGUACCUGUAUUUUGUCAGCAUUAUGCAGCAUAAAAAUAAAGGACAGCGGCUGUUUAGAUAACCGACAUUUCAGAUAAUCAGCUUUCGUUUAAUCACGCUGUACAGUAUGCAAUAUUUUAAACAAAAAUUCCUUAGAAUUGUACUUGUUUUCUUGUCUGUUUUCAGCCAGCUCAGAUAGAACUCAAGCCUGAUGACUAUGAGGAACUUGAGGAACAUGAGGAUGAAGAACAAGGGAAGACAGUUAACAAUCUCAGUCACAUGGAGACAGAUAUUACUAAAAAAAGCUUAGCAGCAACACUUGACAAAAGAAAAGAAAUGGACAGUUCUGAUAGUGUAAAUAAAAGAAAAGAAAUGGACAGUUCUGAUUGUGGAAAGAAAAGAAAGGAACAAGCACAGAAAGAUGAAUCUGUAUCAGGUCCAUCUAAAAUUCCUGUUAAAGGACCAGUGAUUCCUGCACUGAAUUCACCACAAAAUGAGCAGUCUCAGAGCACCAUUAAGCCUUCUAAUUAUCGCUCUACAUCAUCUGUUCUGAGUGAGUAAUCACAAAUAGUUCAAGUAAAUGUGCAUUAACAAUAUCUCUAAAAUAAUGCAGCUAAAAGAUUUACCAAAGAUUCUAUACAGCAGGUCUCAUCUCUUUUCAAAAGGAUACACACCACCAUCUCUCCACCUGAUUCUUCUGGUUUCUUUUCCUUCCUAGGGCUGUGCUACCAAUAUCCCACUUUCCUAUAUUGUCUCAUUCAUAUACUGAGCUUCCUACAAAGGACAUCCCUCCAGGCACAAAGAAAAUUUGAUUUUUCUCACAACUAUUUUGUUGGUUGUUCUUUUGUCUAUGUGCUAAAUAUUUAAUUUCUGUGCUGAUGCAUACAUUUUCAAAAAUGUAGUCUUUCUUCAUGAUGCAAAAUGACACCAAGUUAUAUAUGGACAUUAGGUCACAUAAUUUGUUUAAACUGAUUUUUAGGAGACACAUAAAGCAGAUAAGUUUUUACUACUUUAUUAUUCAAUCUUCAGGUUCCUUAGACAAGCAAGCAAAAAAAGACAAAGUUGCAUCAGAUCAAAAUUUUGAUGGUGCUGACCCUAAUUAUGCAAUGUGGCUUCCACCAACAGGUUAGUUACCACUGAAAUAAUUUUGGUUAAGCUGGAGUGGGUUAUUUCAUUUCAACAUUUGUAUACAAAUACAAGUUUGUCAAAGAAUUCUCUAUGUCACAUGUUGAAGUAUUAAUAGUCAAUAAAAUACUCUGCAUUAAGGAAUCUUAGAACAUUGAUUUCUUUAUGAACUUGGCUUGCCAGGUUGCAUGAAAAUAGGUUGACUUAUAGUUUGAUUAUUAUUCCUGAGCUAAUGAAGAAAUCAUUCAAUCUUUUAUUAUAAAAAAACCAACACUAAAAAUUGUUUUUCUCCAGAGCAAUCAGGGGAUGGCCGGACAAGUUUAAAUGACAAGCUUGGAUACUAAGAUUAACUUUGAAUUCGUGAUGUGCACCCUGGAAUAAGAAGCCAACUUGUUAAUAUAAUUAGUUAAACUCAUGUGGAUCAUUAGACUUGAGUUGGCAGACAUAAUUUAAACAAGGACAUUGAUAAUUGCGCAUACUUAUUGGAUGUCAUUGGAAUGAUGUCAAACUUGUCACAGACAUGCAUUUUAUCCUUAUUUGAAAACAAUAACAUUAUUUUUUUUAUUGCUUUAUACAGAUAGGAAACAAUGAAAUGAAUUUGUUUAAAAGUUUUUUGUUUUGCUAUACAAUAACUCAAAAUUGGAAGUGAUUAUGUUACAGAGUGGAUAGACAUUGGUCAAGAGCAGUCGGCUAGACUUAAUUUUACUGCUGACAUUAUUCAAGACAUAACAUGUUGAUGAUUGAAUUUUUAUUUUACUGCUUUCUAGUUUAAUAGGGGGAUAUGUAGGGUUUGAUUAGGGAAUCAGUUCAAAUGCUAAUACUAAUAUCUAUGGGACACAGAUCACGACAGUUACAAUAUGGCACACAGACCACGACAGCUACAAUAUGGCACACAGACCACGACAGCUACAAUAUGGCACACAGACCACGAUAGCUACAAUAUGACACUCAGACCACGAGAGAGCUACUAUUUGGUACAUAGUACAUGACAGAGUUACAAUUUGGUACGCAGAAUACAACAGCUACAACAUUGCACACAGAACAUGACAGAGCUACAAUUUUGUACACAGAACAGGACAGGUGCAAUGUUGUUGGUACACAGUUUUGUCUCAUGGCUUGAUCAGCUUUUAAUCUGAUCAAUACUACAUGGAUUCUCUCUUUGCAAAUGGUUUAAAUACACAGUGUGGAAUUUGAAUCUGAACAUGGCAGAUGGCAGCAAAUUUGCUGUUGAAAUAAGAGUGUUAGUGUUAAACAAAGAUGAUGAGUGUGUAGAAAAUAGUUACCAUCUUAAUGUUAAUACAGAAAGUUGAAACUUUAAAA